AAAAAAAAAUUUCAAAUUUAUAGUGAGUGUAUAGUGUGUGCUCAAAAUUGCUUCUCUACUCUUCCAGACAACUCUUAUUGGUUAUCUCUCUAAAGUAUAUCAGAAGUGUUAAAAGAUAUAUAAGAGUAUAAGAAAGUCAAAUGGCGUUGGAACAAACAACUGGGAAUGAUGGUCCUGUGUUCACUGAAGUCGAUAUGGGUUCUUCAGAUUCUGGCUUAACGGUCCGAGCAACUGUUGUACAGGCAUCCACCAUCUUCUAUGAUACACCAGCUACUCUUGAUAAGGCCGAGAGAUUUUUAGCUGAAGCAGCUUCAUUUGGAUCCCAAUUAGUUGUCUUUCCAGAAGCAUUUGUGGGUGGAUAUCCGCGUGGGUCGAAUUUUGGUGUGACAAUUGGUAGCCGAUCACUUAAGGGUAAAGAAGAUUUUCGGAAGUACCAUGCUGCAGCCAUCAAUGUUCCUGGUCCUGAAGUUGAUCGCUUGGCAGCAAUGGCUGGCAAAUACAAAGUUUAUUUGGUGAUGGGAGUGAUAGAAAGAGAUGGAUAUACUCUUUACUGUACAGUUUUGUUUUUUGAUAACCAAGGAUGCUACCUUGGAAAGCACCGAAAGCUAAUGCCUACGGCUCUGGAGCGCAUAAUAUGGGGCUUUGGUGAUGGGUCUCAUAUACCCGUUUUUGAUACUCCAAUUGGGAAAAUUGGUGCCGCCAUUUGUUGGGAAAAUAAAAUGCCACUACUUAGGACAGCAAUGUAUGCUAAAGGCAUUGAAAUAUAUUGUGCACCAACAGCAGAUUCAAGAGAAGUUUGGCAAGCAUCAAUGACCCAUAUAGCCUUGGAGGGUGGAUGCUUUGUUUUAUCAGCAAACCAGUUUUGUAGAAGAAAAGAUUACCCUGCUCCUCCAGAAUAUGUUUUUACUGGAACAGAUGAAGAUCUCACACCAGAAUCUGUUGUUUGUGCUGGUGGCAGUGUCAUAAUUUCGCCAUCAGGGACCGUUCUUGCUGGGCCGAAUUAUGAUGGUGAGGCACUCAUUACAGCCGAUUUAGAUCUUGGAGAUAUUGCGCGGGCAAAGUUCGACUUUGAUGUAGUUGGGCAUUAUGCAAGACCCGAAGUGCUUAGCCUAAUUGUGAGGGAUCAUCCAGCAACCCCAGUUUCUUUCACAUCUGAAACGCCACAAGACUCUCACAAGUAACUUUCUAUGCAUGACUUCUCUGCAUGAUGUGUUCGGUUUGUUGCGCUUGUUUGAUAUCUGACCAUGUUAUUAAAUUGUCCAUAAUUACCAAUGUUGUACAUGAAUUUCCUGUACCACCUUUCGUUUUCUUCCAGUAAAUCAGCAGCACUUUCUUUUGGUGGCA